ACGAGCUCUCUGUGUGUCUCUCUCCCUGAGCAUUGAAUAUCAGCGGGCGGAGGCGGAGGGGAGCCUGGCGCACACACACACGCACACACGGUGGGGGGUGGAGGAGGACACAGAGAGAAGCCAGUGACCGGGGGAUGGGAGACACUUUCCCCUCCCCACAGCCACCCCCUCACCAUAUCACCCUACCCGCCCCAGCCAAUACAAGGAAUAGACCACAGCCUCCCCCCCCCGCAUUCCUAUGGACAGACACCUGCAGAUCCCAUGCAUCAUUCUCUGGAAUACGGAUGCUGCAGAGACUAUCCCAAAUGGCAUCCGCUUGAAUUGGAACACACCUUCUGGAGUGAUGAGAGCUGUGUACUUGCGGGAUUCUUCCAUUAAGGGGAUCUGGAGGAAAGGAGUUGUUGAUCCUAUAACAUGGAGGAUUGCCUUCAUACCUCUUCUGAAAACCUUUCCAAACUGGUCAGUUGGGCCCACAGCCAUGGGACCAUCUGCAGCCUCAUUCCAAAUCUAAAGCAUUUGCUUUCUGAAGGUUCCCAUGGCAACCUGACAGCUAUGUGGGGCUGUAGCGCAGGCCAUGCGUAUCAUUGGCCACUGACUGCUACCUGCAGGGCUGGGUCCCAGGAAAGAGUAUGUUUCCAGGACAACAGAAGCUUCAACUCGGACAGUCCCAGCAUCAUAGGUGUGCCCUCAGAGACACAGACUAGCCCAGUAGAGAGGUACCCUGGGAGAUCGGUGAAAGCAAAGUUGGAUUGUAACAGAACCAGAGACUCCUGUGAUUUCUCUUACUGCAGUGAGCCUUCAGAGCUAGAUGAAGCCGUGGAAGAAUACGAAGAUGAGGCUACCCUCUUUGACAUGGUCUGCGAGUCCUCGGUGACAGAUGAGGAUAGUGACUUUGAACCUCAUACCCAAAGAUCUCAAACCAUUUCCCGCAAAAGGCUUGGAGUGGGCCAAUCCUCAUCAUCUCUUUCAGGCUCCCAGUCUCAGGUCAUUGAUGAAAGCAGUAACAACGUGAUCGUCAAAAAGAUUAAGCAAGAAAUCCCUGAAGAUUAUUAUAUUGUGGCUAAUGCAGAACUUACUGGUGGCAUUGAUGGACCUGCAUUAUCGCUGACGCAGAUGUCAAAGCCCAAGCCUCAAACUCAUGCUGGACCUUCCUAUAUUGGCCCCUCUAAGCCCUCCCCCCCUGUAGCGCCUUCUCUGAGUGCUGAGCUAGACUUACAAAAUGUGUCUGCUUCUCCCCCUGUCAUAUCGAGGCCUGCAGUUCAGAAGCCUGCAAGAAUAACUCUGGCUUCCCCAAACAGAGGACCAGCUAGCACCCCUACAGCCAACCAACAGGUAGCGCUCCAGAUGCCAGUCAGCACCUCCAAUACCAGCAAACAGAUUAGCAUUCCUUUAUCAGCCCUGCAGCUCCCUGGACAAGAAGAGCAAGCUGCUUCAGAAGACCUUGUCCAACCCGUGCCAAAUCAGGUUCCAGCCGGCGAAGUAGCAUUAUCUCCUUCAAUUAGCGCGGAGCCAGAAGUCAGCUCUAGUCAGCAACAACCUAACACUACUCCUAUCAUCACUGCUGAGGCAACAGCACAGUCAAUACCAGCAUACUCGACUAAACUCAACAAAUUUCCUGUCUUUAAUUUCGACGAUGACCUGAAGUACCUGUGUAUCAGCGCUGUGAGCCCAAACACUACAAAGGCUACUCUGUAUGCUCUGAACGUGUGGAGAUACUGGUGCAUGACAAAAGGACUUAAAGACUACAUGGACAUCACUAAGAUUCCAGCCUCGAAGCUGAAUGAACUCCUUGAGGACUUCUACAUCACAGUGAAGAAAACGGAUGGUUCGGACUUCCUAGCCACGUCUUUGCAUGCUAUCCGCCGAGGCCUGGACCGGAUUCUGAAGAAUGCUGGGGUGGGAUUUUCCAUUACCAGCAGCACCUUCACAUCCUCCACCAAAAAGCUGAAGGAGAAACUCCGGGUGCUCAGUAAGGCUGGGAUGUCUGGCGCUCGCUCUCGCAACAUCGUCUAUUUUUCCCUGUCCGAUGAAGAAGAGAUGUGGAGAACAGGAUGCUUGGGUGAUGAGAGUCCGGUAGCUCUGCUAUCCACUGUGGUGAAAUAUAACAGCCAGUACCUCAACAUGAGGACUUUGCAGGAGCAUGCAGACUUAAUGUACGGAGACAUUGAAUUACUUAAAGAUUCACAAAACAGGCCCUUUUUUGCCCGAACGGACAGCGUGAAACGAGAACACAGGGUGAGCUCUAACAAAGUAUGUUAUGGCCAGAUAUACCAUGAGCACUCCAAAGGACACAAGCGGUGUCCCUACUGCCUCCUUUAUAAGUACAUGUACAUCCACCGGCCCUCAACCCAGAUGGAAGCGAAGUCUCCUUUCUAUCUGACUGCACGGAAGGAGAUUAGUGGCAUGGGCAAUGUGUGGUACGAGGAACAAAGGAUGGGUCUCCGCUCCCUGAGGGGAGUCGUCCCAAAGCUGGCUAAAAAAGUCAAACUUGACCACUGUGAAAACUUCACUUUUGUUUCAUUCACUCAGGCUUCCAGAAAGUUUGGCUCUCUGAACUCCUAUCAACAAGUCUGACAUCCAUGUUCUAACACCACCCGUUUGUUCGAUCAGUUGUACAUGAUGAAGAGGGCAUUGAACUAAAGAAGCUUAUUUCAGUAGCCAGACCUCUAUAAACAAGCAGAAAGAUGGUGGCCUGCUGACAACUCGCUUUGAUCCUUAUCGAAGCGGCUGCUACUGAGAAAAAUUGAGCUCUUUUCCAAAUGUGUGUUAAUUAUAUUCUAUUAUUGAGACAAUAUAUUGCUGCAUAUACAAGAAUGCUACAAGAGUGAGGAAAUCAGUUAAUUACAGUGCCUUUUAGCACAGGUUUUUCUCAACAACUACAUUAAACUGGUCCAGAAAUAAAAUUCCCACUAGAUCAGUUGCUUUAGUCCAUUGUGAAGAAAGUAAGUUGCUAUUAAAUAAUAAUUUAAAAAGUGGAAAGAGCGAGAGAUUAAAUAUUUCCCGGGGAAAAAUUGCACUUGACACUUUUGUGUUUGGUUGAUGGAUAAUCUACUUCUGAAAAGCAAGCAGCAUCACUUGAUGGAAGAUCCUGCAGCUUUCUUCUGUCACAAUGUUUGGAAAGCAUUAACUUGGGUUAUGGAAGCUCUCUGUAGUGGUUGUCACCUGCUCAACGGGAGCAAUUUUAUGAAGCCAGAUUCAUGUACAGACAUGCAUUUGAGAACUAUAUUUCCUACACAACGGAUGACCUGUGCUAUCAUGGAUUUUUCUCCUUAACAAGUAUGGCUUGGAUUAAGGGAGCUAUUCUCAAAGACUGGUAACUCUUGAAGCAGAAGUGCCUAUGUUUUCUUUCAUAGUUACCAUACAAAGGUUAUUUUCUUGUGAACCAUUCUUAGAUUUUCCCAUCUGGGCGGUAUAUAAUGAAUAUAGAUAUUUUUCCAAUAUACAGUAAUUUACACUGGAUCUGUAGAUACUGCUAGAAGUAAUUCCUGGAUUUACCAAACAGACAAACAAACAUGGUUACAGCAUCCUCGAAGGACAGCUCUUUAAACCAAUUUAUAAAAGUUAAGUCCAAAUUUUUUCAAAAGGCCAUCUAGUGAUUUUGGAUGCCCCACUUUUGAGACACCUUAAAGGGACCUGAUUUCAGCAUUGUCUGAAAGUCAGGUUCCUUUACAAUGUCUCAAGUUUGGCACCCAAACACCGAGGCUCUCAAAAUCACUUUUGUAAAACCUUGGUCUAAACUCUUAGGGUUCAGUCCAGCUGCUAUUCAGGUCAAUGGGAAGAUCCCUAUUGACUGAAAUGGGAGGUGUAUCAAGCCCUUAAGUCACAAGAAGCUGUGUCAUAGAAGACCUUGCCCCUAUUUUAGGGAAGUAGAAGUUUUACCAUUCAUUGCUCAUUGUUCUAGUACAAAUGACCUGGCUGUCAUCUUCCAAUAUAUCACAAAGUUGUGACAUCAUUAUGGAAUCUAGGGACACAUCAAGCAAGUGACAGAAUCAUUUGUAUACCAAGAUUGUGCUACACCUUUAAAUCAUAGCUCAAGAUCCAUAGUUAUGUGAAUACGGAUAUAUAGAAAUAAAAUUGGGCUUUAUUUUUUGGAAGAUUCACACACACAUUGCUAGUAUACUUCUAGCAAGAACUUGAUUUCUAGUAUCUAUUUAUUAUCCAUGAGUUCUAAAAUAUAGUUUUAUUUCUGUCUUUUAAAUGUGUGUGCACAGCAUUAAAUGUUACUUUAGUUUUAACAAAGUCGUUCACUGGACCGGGAAAGACAGAGCAGCAUUAGCAAGGGAAAUAUCCAUCGUACAUUACCAAAUAGACCCUUCUUUAGGCUGUGUAACUUAUUUUCCACCUUCUGUUUGUUUCCUUACUAAGGACCUGAUCCUGUGGGGUCUGAGUACCCUCCACUCCCCUUUGACUGCAAGGUGAGCUGAAGAUGCUUAUGCACAUACAUGAUCAGACUCCUAGUAAAUGUACUGUGAUAGCUGUGGAGUUAGGAACUUUGGUUAAGCUGUAUUUCUUUCAGAGAACUAACUGUACAUUGUAGCUUGAUGCAUAUUUCUGAGUAUUGUUGGUGCAGAUGUCUGAAAGAAAA